GCAGGUUGUAAAAUGUCGGGAGAAGUGUAUCUCCUGUGGCUUUUCUCACUACUACAAACGCUGUCAGCGUUUGGGGUUGAGCUGUCGUCUGAGGCAUGCCGGGAGCUGGGCUUCUCCAGCAACCUGCUGUGCAGCUCCUGUGACCUGCUCGGAGAGUUCAGCCUCACCAAGCUGCAGCCAAACUGCCAACAGUGCUGCCAGCAGGAAGCCCAGAUGGAAGCACGCAAGCUCUACGCUGGAGCCAUCCUCGAGGUGUGUGGAUGAAAACUUGGGAGGUUCCCUCAAGUCCAAGCUUUUGUCAGGAGCGAGAAGCCGAAAAUGUUCAAGGGUCUUCAGAUCAAGUACGUUCGAGGCUCAGAUCCUGUUCUAAAGCUUUUGGACGAUAACGGGAACAUCGCUGAGGAGCUCAGCAUCCUUAAGUGGAACACCGACAGCGUCGAGGAGUUUCUGAGUGAGAAGUUGGACCGAAUAUAACAAAAGUCCUCAUUUCUUUUAUUUUUUUUAAGUUUUGUGUUUUUUUUACAGAAAGACUCCAAAAGGUCAGUUCCUCCAGAUUGCACAAAAAAAGGGUUAAUAUCAGUGAAGUGACAGAAGUUUUAGCUUUGAUUGUUUCUAUGAACUGACCUUUAGUUAUUUACCAAUUUGUCCGCAGCUUGGCCUUGAUAUAUUUUUGUUAAAUUACAGUUCUGUUUGAAAUGUAUUUUAUUGGAGAAGAUUUGACCAAAUUAUCCAUUUUAAACCCUGAAACCACACGUUCAGAGAACGUAUUUGUCAAUUUCACGAUUCGCUCACAGUAGGUUCAUUAGGGUUUGUACGAACAUCCCUCUGUUUGUCUUCUAUUCUUGUAUAAUGAAUAUUUUUGUUAAAUAAUGCUCAGUGUUGGGACUGAUGGGAGUUCUAAUGAGAGGGAAUGAAUCCUCGCUCCUCUCCAUAUGCAGCUAGCCUCGCUGAAAGACACAUUAGUGAAGACCUCGCAGUAAACCUUUUGAUGGGAUGUGAGGUUUGAUGGAAAUCUGUGUUUUUACUGCAUCUGCUGCUAUGAAGAGAAACUGGGUUUGUUUGGAAGAGUUGCUUUCAAAAUGAUUAGAUAAAUAUGCAACAAUAAAUAGUCUUUGAUCAUUCUGUC